CCCCAGAAAGCGCGGCGCCUUUGGCCGCCUCCAGUGUGCUCCCUACCUUGCCUCCCCCCGGGGCAGGGCAGAGGGGGCCGCGUGGCUACGCAUGAAAUGCACGGCGCCGGCUGCGUGCAAAAGCGUCGCCACUGGCGGAGCUUUACAAGCGCAAGGACGCAAUCACUCAGCACAACAAGGAGCAGCGCAAGGCCACCAAACGGACCUGAAGCAGCGCGCGCAAAGCCGGCAAGGG